AUGGCUGCUUCUGCACCAACACAACGCUCCUCACCACAGUACGUCUCUCCAUCACUGGGUCCCACAAACCCAUGGGCUCAACAGAUUUCUACCGGUACUUUCAGACCCCCAAAUCCUUCAUUUUCACAGCAUCACGAGGUGAGUGGAGCUUCUACAUCUGAUAUGAGUAACAAAUAUUCUUUUUCUUCAUCAAAUGCACCGUGUGUGUGUCUCUUUGAUCAACCUGAAACACGUCUUCAUGAUACUCGACAAGACUCUGAUUAUAAAAUUCAGAAAGUUAUGAAUAUGAUUAUAAGUGCAAUUGGCCAAGAACAAGAUGCAUUUGCUAUUCAGAAGGAAAGCAAUCGUGUCUUGGAACAGGAACUCAGACAAGUUCAAAGACGUCGCGAAGAAACAGAACGUACACUUCGUGAAGUAGAAUCUCUUGUAAAUUCUUUAGAGAAAUUUCAGAAGGAGCAGUUAGAGUUGCUAGAGGAAUUUCAGUGUCAAUGA